AUGCUGAAAGUUCUAUCCUCUCUUGAUUGGCACGGUCUGGAUCCGCGAGGUCUCCGGUACCUCUACUACAUUGCGUCUCUCGGAAACAUUUUGGACCAGAACAACUCCCAGCAAUUUGCCCUCUGGUACGAUACCUACGAAGUGGGCAUCCAAGCCACAGCGAAGUAUGACUUCGUUGCGUACGCUCAGAUAGUGGCGGCGGCUAGCCGUAUCGGAAAACUGACCAAGAUGGCCAGCGUCAUGGAGGACGCAGUGUGGUACAGGUCAUUGGCAUUGAAAGGCUUGCAACAGGCCCUUGCAUGUUUCUCGAGGGAGAAUGCCGAUGGGGUACUGGCAGCGUCCAUUAGCUUGAUGUUCAACCAACAGACACCAGCCGAUCUGCGGAGAGUCAUGCAGGGCACACAAGCGGUGGUCGAGGCCAUGCGACCAUGGGCCGCAUCAUCUGGAGUGCGACUGCUGUACGAACGCAUCGAUCCUGACACACAAGACUCCCAAUCCCCCACCCUGGAGCAACAAGGCUCUUCUUAUUGCCCAAAGCCAACAAUAUCUGCUCCUCUGGUCACGGUACAGUCGGCCAAGGCAGCUGUCGAAUUUCUACUGGAACAAGGGUUGACCGCAAUGAACCGGUUGGUAACGUGCUUCAGAAACAAGAAAGAGCUUUGCACGACGGUGCGGGGCCUGGCAGACAUGCUGCGGAUGGCCCAAGCAAAACACUCGAACGGCCAAAAGUACGAUCCGUUCUGGCUCGUUCACCCGUUUUGUGGGAUGACCAGCCGAGAGGCCAUCUCCUUUAGCGACAUCAGUGGCUCGAAGCCCUUGAUCCUCGUCUUCUUGGCCCACCUGUACAGCGCAUUGGUGGUGGUAUCGAUGCUGUACCCGGAACUAGACACCGCCGGGUUCGUCACUAUUCGUUUGCACUCCUUGGAUGCCUUGACACGACAUUUCGAGCCGAUUGCCACGAUUGCGUGCGAGACCUGCGGCGAGGCCCACAGCUGCCAGGAGCUCCUGGCAUUUCCUUGGAAUAUCCUGCAGACAUACCGUAAAUGGCAAAUGGAUCGGCGGACCUUGGCUCCUGAGACGCGGCCUCCUGCACCUGAGGGGUGGAAAGAGAACUCACUCGACAUACCAGCCGAUGCGGAGGGAAAUCACACCAACCAAGAUAGCCGCGAAGGCUUCACGGUUGCCAAAGGUCUGCAGAAUGCCCGUAUACUGGAAUACGCGAACCCUGGAAAGCAUGCGCCGAGAGAAGCUCUGCACCGCAAUGUCACGGAAACAACUCUAAACCACUGGCCAGCAAAGUGA